AACCAAGGAAUAUCGCAAACAAUAGAAUCAGAUCUUUUCGAUCCUGAAAUUUCUUUGAAUCAAUCAGAUUAUUCUGAACAAACUUCUUUUCUUUCAUCUUAUUUUCAACCUAUUGAAUUAAAAUUUGAGGAUAU